AUGGAAAAAUCAAUUCUAUUUUCGGAUGCCAUACUUUUAAAUAUUUUUUCAUUUAUUGUAAAUCACACUUCUAAAUUUAACAAUAUUUUUAAUAAAAGAUACAAAAUAAUAAAUAUAGAGCACCUUUCAAAUAUUGCAAAAACAUCAAAACAAUUCUUUAAAGUAAUUUCAAAAAUAAUAGAUAAUAGCUAUUACGAAUGGUCAAAAGUCUCAAUAAAUCAAUUCUUAAAAUAUAUAAAUAAUAAUGGUUCUAAUCCUAACGAAAACCAGUCACUGAAUUUAUAUAAAAAACCACCACUUUAUUUCAAUCACGAUUCAUUAAAUAAAAUUCCAUUGGUCAUAAGCAUAGAAAUAUACGAAAAGAUAUUUUCAAGAGUUGAAGCAUAUUAUAUACCGGGUUAUUUUGAUGUAUAUCAUGCCCAAACAAAAAAAUAUUUAGAAAGUGUAAUAUAUAUGCCAUCUUUAAAAUCAAUCGAACUUUAUGAAUGUGAUCUACAAUUUAACACAUAUCGCAAUAUUUUAAAUCAACUAAUAUCACCACCAUCACCAUCACCAUCAACAUCAACAUCAACAUCAACAUCAACAUCAACAUCAACAUCAACAUCAACAUCAACAUCAACAUUAAAUGAUCAAUUAACAUUUAGUGGUAGUUUGGAAUCGAUAUCGUUGGAUUAUUGCAGCUGUGGGGAGUUCUACAACCAAAAUGGCAAGCGCGUCAACGAGGGGUCCACUGACAAAGAAACCUUCAAUAUCCAUUUAAAACGAAACCUUAAAUUCUUCAAAAACCUAUUCAAAUACCAUCAUAAUUCAUUAAAAUACAUCUUUAUUUCAUCACAAAACAAUCAACAAAUCAAUAUAGUUUUGCAAAUUUUAAAAUAUCUCGAUAAAAUCGUUGGUAUAGAUAACAAUAAAAUCAAAUUUCAUACUGUCGACUACUCAUUUUUUCUCCUUACAACCUAUAGUUUCGAACAACUUUUAUCAAAAAACGAACAUAUCGGGUAUAGUGCUGAAGAGAUAAAUUUAUUUAGAAGAAUCAUAGAAAAUCAAAAAAAACUUUUAUCUUUAUUAAAAUAA